AUGAGACGCACACGCAGGUUGAGCAGGCCUAUAGCCUCUCUCUGGGCUCAGAAGUCCGCACAGAGUGAGAGUGAUGACCGGAAUCAAAGCCAGAGCCAGAGCCAGAGCCAGAGUCAGAGUCAGAGUCAGAGCGAGAGCCAGACAGCGCCUUCCUCACCUCCAUAUGAUGCAGAGCCCCUCGUUGUCCCGGAGCUGGAGCCUGUCUUCGCCUACUUGAAUAAUCAGGCAAACAAGCUAUACCAAGAGGGAUAUUUCCUGAAGCUUAAUGAUUUGGAUACCCAAGGACGGGCAUGCACUGAUAGGCAAUGGGUGGAGUGCUUUGGACAGUUGGUCGGAACAGUGCUUUCAAUUUGGAACGCAUCUGCACUGGAUACGGCCGGGGGACAGGCAAAUGCAUCUCCCAGCUUCAUCAAUUUAGCUGACGCUACUAUCAAAAUGAUGGAAACACUCCCUACCAACAAUGAAACCAAUCAGCCCCUACAGAAUGUUGUCAGCAUCAGUACGGCAGGGAAGAAUAGGUAUCUUCUCCAUUUUGAUUCAUUGCAUUCUCUCACUCAGUGGACGGCCGCAAUGCGAUUGACUGUGUUCGAAAACUCGCUUCUCCAUGAAUCUUACACCGGCGCCCUCAUUGCUGGUAAGGGCAAGUAUCUCAACGGAAUAAAACUUGUCCUUGAGAAGACAACUUUCAAAUACGAGGAUUGGGCCAGAGUUCGAUUUGGUGCUGGUACGCCCUGGAGAAGAUGUUGGUGCGUCAUCUCUCCUCCGGGAGAGAAAGAGAUGCAACUGUACAAUCGCUCUCUUAAGAAGAAAUCCGCUUACGACCGAGCACCCACACCUCCCAAAGGGAACAUCAAAUUCUACGAGACGAGGAAGACUAGCAAGAAGGUAGCCCCCAUCGCGACCAUUUCCGAUGCUUACUCUGCGUACGCCAUCUAUCCACAGGCCCGGCCCCUCGUAGACCAGUCCACGCUUGUUAAGGUCGAAGGCCUGGUCACUAUUGGAGAGAACACAUCGGAGGGCUUCGUCUUUGUGCUCCCAGAGAUGCACAAUGCCGUCUCCGGAUUCGAAACAAUGAUUCGCUGGUUAUUCCCGGCCUAUGAUGCUUUCCGUCUUUACGGGCGCCCUAAUCGUUUGCUGGCUGAUACUGUUAGCCCCAACAGCUUGAUGUUUGCUAUGCCGAGUAAUAAGCGCAGGGGGUACCUUGAUAUCCUUGAUGUCUCGGCACUCAUUCAUACUCAGGGGAGUGAAAGCUGGAGCGCCCGAGAAUGGAGAAAGCAGCUGAAGGAUGCAACAUCACGUCGAAUGACGUCGAAUGCUGGCAGUAGUAGGACUAGCAGUGUAUCAGGCCAUCGUAGCGGGAAACGCAGCAGCCUACCUCAACGUACCGGCACAGUGCGUUUUGGUAGUGCGACAGUUGGGCCGAGGAAUGGCGAGCCUAAUAGCUCGUCCGAUACCGUGGCUUCGAACUCACCAACAAAACCUGGAAUAUCCCAUACCCGCUCAGAGUCUGAUAAUACCGGUCUUCCAUCUGCCCGCCGUGGCCGCCGCAGUCCGCCAUUUUUCGAGAGCAAUAUCGGAGAAGACAUUCCAGAACACCCACCCACACCACCCCCAGAACUCCCUCAAACAGAUGGACCCUCCGAAAUUGAUGGAACCGAUAGCCGCAGCUCUCCCGAUAGCGGCGCUUACAUGGACAGCAAUCGUCCUGUUGACCGCCUGGAAAUUAUACAGAGCUUGGAGCCUAACCCACCCCCGCAGGGUGUGCCAGUCUCGCCUGCUUUCUCGCAUGACCCUCGGGGAACGCCUCAGUUCAAACCCCAGCCAUCCCCAGAGAUUGGCCAUGCCGCGAACCGUAUGUCAGUUGGUACGCUAGAUCAGUUGGUGGACAUGAAUAAGAAAAAUGGCAACGCACAUGGCCUUGCAGUCGCGGGUGCUACCGCUGCUUGGAACGCAGCCAAAGAUAAUAACAAUAAUAAUAAGGAGACCGAUAGAGGAACGGGGCAACGAGCUGAUCCCCGAGGUCCAACGCUUAACCGCCUUAACAGCAUUGGUGCGUCUAGCUCGAAUUACUCUCAGGGUAGCCCUAUAACGCCCAGCGAUACUACAAGCAACGUAAACGUCGGGGUCGAUACCAACCUUACUGGUACACCAACUGAAGGACGGUCUCCGAUAAAGCAGCAGGAUGGCACUCAAAACCCACCAUUGCAUAAGCCAAUUGCUCGCAAACCUGUUGCGACAGAAAUUCCUAUCGCGGAGACGGCGAGCGUGAGGACAGCGUCUACCCUGGGAAGCCUGAGAGAUAACAUCGAUAUGGAUGCUCUAGACAGAAUUAUACGGCGGCCGCGCUCGCCUUCGCCUCCCCCACCACCCCAGCCGAAGUAUACAUUCAAACAAGAGACUGCUAUUCAAGAUGAUGGCAGCUCAAUUGUGGCUCCAUCAUACGCAAGCUCGCAUAAAUCUUCCGCAUCAGUCCGGUCCGUCCAGUCUGUUCAGAAACCCAGGAUGGGAAAGAUGAAGGUCGUUGGCGACGCUAUGCCAAAGACGGAUGAUCUUGUUAUAGGUGACGCUCGCUAUAAGCAUCCUGCCGUUACUCCUGUGGAAGUUAGCUCUGAUAUUCCAGAAGUCGACUUUGGGCCCACACAUACCUAUAAACCUACCGCAAGACGACCCAGCACAUCUGAUACUAUGCUACUUCUGUCUUCUUCUCAUCAGCGUAACCCUUCUGAAGGUACCCUCGCAACAAGAGGCAGAAGACUUUCAACUGGUCGUCUACUUGAGCACCUCAACCAGGAAUCAAACGAGUCUCCGUCUCCACCACCGCCCACGCAGGAACGUGGACGCCGCCGCAGCGUUCUCUGGCAGCCAGGCAUGGUCCAAGACAGUGGCCCUGUGACCCCCGGCCCGACGAGUAUCUCAGCAGAACAGUUCGUUCACGACCGCGCUUCCAGAUCACAGAUCCAUCUUCCAGUAAUGCCGACUCGAGCUACACCCCCUCCACCCCGGCCGGCAUCAGGAGAUUGGUCUGCCUAUAUCCGCCACCAAUCAUCCGCCACUCAUCUUCCACAGCGUCCACACUCUCGUGGCCCAAGCGUCAUGCUAGAUAUGCCAGCCCGCCCUUCGUCUCGCGGUGCAAAUACCAUACUUGAUGUUCCCGCCCGGCCAUCUUCUCGUGGUGCCAGCGUCAUUCUAGGACCCCUUGAUGCUCCUGCUCGUCCUUCUUCGCGGGGUGCCAACCGAAUGUUAGCUCAACCAGAUAUUUCUGGUCAUCUCUCUGCUCGAGAGCAAGAGCAUGUAGCUCGUGUGACUGGAUCUUCAUUCCUUAACUUGAAUAACAACCAGAGCCCACAAUUUGGAUCCGGACUUGUCAGCACUAUUGAUGCCCGGGAGCGUGAGAGGAAAGCUAUGAAGGAUGGUUUCAGUGGACAGGCAGUACAACAGGCCAUUGCCCAGCGACAGUACCAAGCACAAGUACAAGCACAGGCUCAAGCUCAGGCUCAAGCUCAGGCACAGGCCCAAGCUCAGGCACAGGCCCAGGCUCAGUUCCAACUGCAGCAGCAAUUCCAGCAGCCCUUGGGUACACCUCCUGGAUAUGCUGCAUCCAUGCAAUUCCCAUAUCUCCCUCAACAGCAACCACAACAGCCACCACAGGCAGGCUAUUAUGCGCCACCUCAGGGGCAGCAAUGGCAGCCUCAGUACCAUGCAUAG